AGGCUUAUAUUUCGUCAAAUUGAACGCACCUGUGUUCAGGUGGGGAGACGACAUUAGUUCUGCUACGACUUUCAGCUCGAUCUGCGUUGAAGCUCAGUAGGUUCGAACACCGUGGUUCACGACUGUUUUUCCUGUUCUUAUUUAGUUUGAGCGAUUUCGUGUUGUAUUUCCAACUCUCCUGUCAAUUUCGCGUACUGUGAAAUAUCUUAGAAGAGACUUGUUUCACUUUUAUCAGUCUAUUCCCGUAGUCUAUUGGUUUGUUUCAGAUUUAAAAGAAAAAAAAUGAGCGAAUUAAGCGAGAUACAAUCCUUUUACAAAGGAAAAGUCAUUUUUGUAACCGGAGGGACCGGUUUGAUGGGAAAAGUCCUAAUUGAAAAGCUACUUUAUAGUUGUAGCGAUUUAAAUAAGAUUUAUAUUUUGAUACGACCAAAAAGAGGUCGUACUCCCGAUAUGCGUGUCGACGAAAUGUUUAAAUUACUCAUGUUUCAAAGAAUACAAAAGCAAAAGCCUGAAGCGAUGAAGAAAGUUAUACCUUUAAGCGGGGAUGUGGGUAUGAAGAAUUUAGGAUUAACUAACGAGCAACUCGAAAUAUUGAUAAACGAAACUGACGUAGUAUUCCAUUUUGCCGCAACUCUUAAAUUAGAAUCUAAGUUGAAGGACGCUAUUGACAUGAAUACGGUCGGAACGAAAAGGGUUAUAGAAUUAGGUAGAAAAAUGAAAAAGCUGAAGGCAUUUGUGCAUCUGAGCACAGCCUUCUGUUACGCCGACAAAGAGGAACUCGACGAAAAAGUGUACGAAUCAUCCGCUGAUCCUCACGACGUUAUGAGGCUGGUUCAAUGGCUAGAUGAAAGUGCCAUCGAUCUUAUUACACCCAAGGUGUUGGGUCUUCAUCCGAAUACUUAUACAUAUUCAAAGAGAUUGGCCGAAAAACUGGUAGCAGACGAAUACCCGGAUUUACCUUGUUGCAUUGCCAGACCAUCGAUAGUAACUCCAGCUUUGGCAGAACCGUUACCAGGUUGGGUGGAUAACCUAAACGGACCUGUGGGCCUUAUGGUGGGUGCAGGCAAAGGUGUGAUAAGGUCGAUGCUCUGUAAUGGAAGCUAUCACGCCGAAGUAAUACCCGUCGACCUUGCUAUCAAUGCGUUAAUCGCAACCGCACAUAGAACGGCUACGACGACCAAAGAUACAAGUAUACCGGUAUACAAUAUGACGCAAAGUGGCAUAUUACCCAUUACGUGGGGAGAAGUAUUGGGUAAAGGCAAAAAGAUCGCGUAUGAAUAUCCCUUCGAAGGACAAAUUUGGUAUCCAACCGGUGACAUACAUAGCAGCAAAUUCGUACAUAAUCUGAUCGUCUUCUUGUUUCACAUUAUACCGGCUUAUUUCAUCGAUUUUCUUAUGUUGAUAUUUCGGCAAAAGAGAUUUAUGGUUCGUAUCCAAAGACGUAUUUCCGUCGGACUCGAAGUUUUACAAUACUUCACUAUGAGGGAAUGGACCUUCCAUAACUCAAACUUGCUAAUAAUGCGGCAAGAAAUGAGUGCGAAAGACAAGGAGAUUUUCCCAAUAGAUUUCUCGUCUAUCGAUCAUGCCGAGUACAUAAAAACUUGCGUUCUAGGUGCACGACAAUAUUGCAUGAAAGAGAAUUUGUCCACAUUGCCGAGCGCUAGAAGACACCAAGCGAUAUUAUACGUCAUUCACAUAAUUGCUGUCUAUCUAUUUUACUUCGGAAUGUUAUAUCUUAUUUACAAGAACUUCGAAAUAGCAAGAUCUGGUUUGGAUUCUGUCACGGAGCACGUGAAAUCUUUGUCAAUUUUGGGCGGAGUUGUGCGAAAGGUCCACCAGUAAUGGCAUAACGUAUAUUAUGUAUUUGUAUACAAACGAUUUAGCGUAUUCUUUUGUUUUAAAAGAGCUUUGUUCUAUAUUUUUGCUUGAAACCAGCUUGUAUUCUAUAACAAAACGCAACAAGCUCCGUCGAGAACUUUUUCUUAAGCUACUUUACUAUGUCAUAACGAACCACACACGACUUUUCAUCGAAUCAGACUAUACGAAGCUACAUAUGUGUAUGCUUGUUCUUCUUUUACGUCCGAGAUAAAUAGUAGUAAGUUAAUAAACGAAAUUUGCCAUUUACUAGUACCAAAUCUCAUAAUAGAUUGGCACCGAGUAAUUUCAAAUCCGAUUUGAAAUUCUAUUAUUGAACUACCCAGAAAUCUAGGUUCUUUAGUUUCGGGCAUUUCUAGAACAAGAUUCCUUCGUUCUAUUUCUUUCUCAUUAAAAAUAAUAUAACUUUCUUCGCAUGCCGUUUCCUCGUCGUCGUCGUCGUUUUAUGCAAAUAGUAAGUAUCUUUCGACGAAAACGCAACGUUAUUCUUUCGCUAAAUGACUUUUAACAUUUCACAUCUAAGGAAAGCCAACGUGUUAAUUGAUUUAGCAACAGAUAUUCCGUAAACAUGCGUUAACUACCGUGGGUAAGCAUCGCGUUCCAUAUACUUUUGGGCGACAUCUAUUUAAAGAGAAAAUGUUUAUAUUAUAUGCUAUAUCCUAUCCUAUAUUAUAUAUCGUUUUCAUAUGCACGAAUAACGGCCAUUUCAUACGCCUGUCGAUAUGCAACGCUUUCAGAAGUAACAUAAUUCUGCGUCUGCCACAAUCGCAUCGUUUCAUACGGUUUCACAGCGUCUGGUACGUACGUGAUAAAACAUAAUAUACGAUAUUAGUCGAGUACGUACGAAAAUAAAAUGUAUGUAUGAUCUUUGAUGAUAUGUAUAGACAUCUGUAUCAAGUAAGGACGAAAGACAGAGACACGAGAUGUCGAUAAACGCGUAGAGAAAGAGAGAUUGGAUCGAUGAAGAGUCGAUGCUCCGGUUGAUACGUAUGUCAGGUAUUUCGGCAAUUUGCUAUGUUCACGAGGAUAUGCUGGCGAAACUAGGGGAAAGAACGCGGCAAGCGAAUAGCGAGUAACGGGAAUGGAAGGGUGCAGGGUGAGCGAAGCGGCGCGUCGCCCACGCCGCGAUGAAUAGCUGCGUCGAUGA